AUGCUCAGGACACGGGGCCGUCUGGCCUUCUUUGUCACGGUAAGUUCGUUUUUCGUAUUUUAGGGAUUUUCAAUUUUAAUUUUUAAAUUAUUUCUAUGGUUUUUAAGAGUUAAUUAAAAAUUUACUACAAGGAUUUUUGUACUGUAAUAAAACACAGUAACCCUCGUACUUUGACUUUAUUUAUUGAUUUAAACUCAUUUUUAAAUGACAAAUUGUCGUAUAUUGUACUCGAGAGUUCAAAAAUCCGUAUUUUACAUAAAUCAUCCUUUACUAUGUUAUAUUGUAAUACCUACAAAAUAAGUUUACAAUCGUCAAUUUUAAUAUUAUGUCGGCCUUGCAUUAUGUAUUUUAGCUAAUAUACGUGGGCUACGUGACAUCAGCAGAAUGUGACCCAAAAGAAUUCACAAAAAAAGAAAAUCCAGAAAGUAAAACCAGCUAUUUCUACUGUAACACAGAUGGGUAAGCUUCAAUUUUCAACUUUUUAAAUUCAAAAUGGCAAAAAAUUAUUCUGUUACAGUGGAACCCUUUUUAUAACAAACAACUUUUGAAUCCCUUUUUAAUCCGUCAUACAGAAGUUCCACUGCACUUACAAUACUAAAUAGUACCCAAAUCAUAAAAUUGAUAAUGUUCUAGAGCAAUAAUUUAUGUUUCAAUAAUAAAAAUUAAAACUUUUAAAAUUUUUAAGUUUGGCACUAUAUAGUAUCAUUCAGUAUUAGAAACCAAAAAUUUUAUUAUUUUCGAAUUUUAGUGCUAUUUAGUACUAAAAGAUACAAAAAUCACAUGUAUUUUAAUAUUUAAAAAUUUCGGUGCAAUAUAGUACCAUCCGGAAUUAAAAAAAUAAAAAACUUGUUAUUUUUAAAUCUUAGUACUAUUUAGUACCAUAAAAUUUAAAAAUCCCAAUUAUUUUGAUAUUUUUGAACUUUAGUGCUAAACAGUACCAUUAAGUACCUAGAUCAAAAAAAAGUGCAGUACAUUUAUAAAUUUCCUAAACCUUAAUACUGUAACAUUUCCAGAACUCUAGCAAAACGAGAUUGUGCCUCAGGUAAAGAAUUCAACACGACAAAAGGCGACUGCGACUUUCCGGCUGUCAAUAAGAUGACACCCCCUCCUAAAAUACCGGUAAAGGACGAGCCUUUGAAGGACGACCCCCUAUCACCUCAGAAGGACAGUGUAGAAGACCUGUCGCCCUUCCUACAGCCACAAUUCCAGGCUCCAGAUGACAUUUGCAGUGGUGGGGUACCACUAACAAAGCUUGGGGCACCAGUCGCUUGUAACCCACAGAUACCAAGCUGUCCUGAUGGUAAGACUACAGUACUAUAUAUUUAUAUUGUAACAAUUUUCACUCGCUUAAACUAUUGAACUCAAACAUACUGUAACCCUCAAUCCUACUGUAACAUGAACCUAAUUCCAGGGUACGCGUGUAUACUGUACUCCCGCACUGGCACUUCUUACUGUUGCCAGCAUACUGUAGAGCCGAGUAUCCAAGACAGUAUCCUGUGUGCCGGUAACCAGAUCACCUUCUUCGAGCCUCUAACAGGUAUACCUCAUGCUUGUGCUCUCAACACCCCAGGCAGUUGCCCAAUUGGAUUUGGCUGUAAUCUGGUCGGUGGAAGUCUGACACGAUGUUGUGGUAGAGACUUUGGAUGUCCAUUGAACUCGGCUGGAUAUGUUAACCCUAACACUGGCAGUCAUGUACAAUGUAAUCUGGCUGAUCCUAGGUAGGGUUUGAACAUAUUUUAAAGAUAAAAGAAUUUCAAAAUUUUAAAUUUUAAAAAUACAAAAUUCAAAAAAAAAAUUUUAGGUAACAAAAUUAAAAAAAAAUUUUUUAAUUUUACUGUAACUUAAAACCUCACCUUACUUUAGCACCUGUCCAAACGGCUUCGUAUGUACUCGUAGCUCCAUGUUCAACACGGCGGUAUGUUGCUCAGAUACCUCAACAUCGCCAUCAGAUGUCUGCGGAGGUGAUCCACCAUUGUCACAGCCCAAUCCUUGUUCCGCUUCCAACCCUUGCCCCAAUGGCCAUAGCUGUAAGAAUGGCAGAUGUUGUCCUACUAAAGGUAAGCACGAUGUGUCUAUCUGAUAACACCUUUGCUUUACUCACUUUUUCGACCGGUAUUUGGUUUAUUAUAACCAGGAACUACUCUGUAAAAUGUAAAACAAUACCUAAACUUCACCAUCCCGUUGUUGUUUAUCCACUACCACAGUAAACACUCUCUAACACACCAAUUUCCCAAUAAUACUAGGCCGCGUCAUACAGAAUCGGACUUUUUUCUUAUAUAUUUCAAUGCAAAAGCACCCCACUCUUUAUGAUCCACCCCAGAAAACUCAUUUUCAACCCACCUCACUGCCAUUUUAACUCAUUUCACUGCCCUUUUAACCAAUAACCAUGGUGAAGGUAACAUUAACUUUACAGUGGCAUUAUCAGCAACACGAUUGGUGGUAGAACAGUCGAUUACUUCGUAUUUUAAGAACCAAACUUUAGGAAUGUGUCCGACUGGCCAACCCCUAGGAGGUAUCACUUCGUGCUCGGACAAAAACCCAUGCCCAAACAACUAUCAAUGUGUCACGAAUAAUGGUGCUCAAUACUGUUGUCCUGCUCCAGGUAAGGCUGUUUUUUGGCAUUUGGUACUGUAAAUCCUACAAAUUGAGUUUUUAUUUUUGGCGGGAAAAUUUGAGUUUCAAAAAUUAAGAAAAGAAUUUUGAAUAAAAAUUUUAAAUUUUAUACAACUAAAAAUUUAAAAUUUAAAUCUUAAAAAAAUUAAAAUUUCAAAUUUGAUACUUUAGAACACGUCUGUAACCAACCUCGCGACUCCGGCCGUCAAUGUGCGGCCAGUGGUAUUCCUGCCAUGACUCGAUAUUAUUUUGAUCAAACUACUGGAUCUUGUCGCGCCUUCCAAUAUAGUCAAUGUGGAGGCAAUGCCAACAACUUUGACUCUCUAGAACAGUGUGAAGGCUUCUGUUUGGAUCAUCAAUGUCCAUCUGGCAAAGGAUUAAAGGCCGGACCAGCUAUUGCCACUUGUUCUCCAUCUGCAUUUGAUUCUUGUCCUUCCCAUUAUUCGUGCUUACAACCAUUGUUUGGGUCUAGCUACAUCUGCUGUUCUAACAAAGGUAAGACCCUCAAUUUAGUAAAAUUAGCCGAAAAGAAACAAAAUUUAACGGAAAGUGAAGAAAACACCACGAAUUAAACAAAAUAUACUUCAUAAUAAUAUAAAAUGAAUUUAAAUCUAUCAAUAAUAAUAUUUUAACAAAAAACGUCUUAUUAGUGCAUGUAAAAUUACUUUUUUAAUCAAAAAACAGCCAAAAAACGAUUAGCAGCGAGUGGUUUCGAUCCACCGACCUCUGGGUUAUGGGCCCAGCACGCUUCCACUGCGCCACGCUGCUUCCGUUCGUCCCGCUCUUCUUUCUCGCUUUCAUGGAAAAAGAGGAGAAAAACGGCGCGCUUUUUGUUUUGUUAUGGGAAAAAUUGCGAAAUCAGGACAAAAUCUUAUCAAAAUAAUGUAAAAUGUACACUAUACGUUGUAAAAUAGUUGUAUCUUAUUAAAAAAUAAGUAAAAGAUUCAGAAUUUAUCAAAACUUUUAAAAAAUUGCUCAAAAAAGCGCCUCGAAUAGCUCAAAGUGCGCGAAAAUAAAAAAUAACUAAUUUUUAUAUAAUUUAGAAUCGUUAUGUCGCGACCAACCAACAGCUGGAGAAUCUUGUUUUGGUACGUUUAUGACCAUCCAAAGGUACAGAUACAACUCGGACAGUGGAAAAUGCGAACCAUACCAAUAUUACGGAUGUGGAGGAAGUGGAAACAACUUUAUCACGAAGGAAGAAUGUCAACAGUCUUGCCAAUCGACUGUUUUGAAUGGUAAAUUUAAUUUUCUUUGUUUUCUUCAUUGAAAUUUUGACAUCUGCACCUUCUCAAAUUUAAAAUGGCACUGUUUAUUCAAAUAUUAAAUUUUGUUACCUAAAAUUUAUCUAAAACAUUUUUUUAGCAUGUAACGGAGUCGCGCCGAUGUCAGAAGAUGGCGAAUAUGUUAAGAGAUGUGCUCCAAACGUUCCUUGUCCUAAAGGAAGUUGGUGUAACACUAAAGGAUAUUGUUGUCCUCAUGCUGAGACUUCUUGUAACGCUCCAAAGAGUAUUGGACACACUUGUUUGGCUCAGAAACCUGGAACUUUCUGGUAUUAUGACAGUCACGAUGAAGUUUGCAUGCCUUUCAUGUACAGUGGUAGGUUUUUGUGAAGGAAUUUUAAAAUUUAAUUUGUAAAAUACGUGGUGUCGGCAUUUUAAUUUAAAAAUAAAUUCCUUCGCAGCUGAUAUUUCAAAUUUUAGGAUGCGGAGGAACGAUGAACAGGUUCGCGGAUCGGGAAUCUUGUGAACAACAAUGUGUACAUAAACUUGGAGAAUGUCCUCGUGGAAUGACACCUUUCUUGACUAAAGAAGGCAAUCAGGUAUGUUAUCAUACAUUAUGUUUAUAAAUCUUUUUUUUUAAAUCAAAACUCUUUAAAAACACAAAAAAUACAUUUUUUAGCCUUGUUCUCCAACAUCAAUAAACUCGUGUCCAGAAGGCUCAUCGUGUGUUGUUUCUUCUACUGGAGAACACAUUUGUUGUAGCUCCACAGCUCAAUGUCCUAGCAAUAGAUUGCCAUAUGUCAUCCCUGGAUCGGAUUCUCAUGUUGCUUGUCUUCCAGAUGAUGACAACUGUCCUCAAGGAUUCCAAUGCGUACAGAGCGGGUAAGUUAUGUUACGAAUUAAACAAUGGCAUUAUACAUCAAAAUGCGUUAAUGAUAGCUUACGUUAUCAAAUUUUGACGGGACUAUUAAAAAGAUUACAAUAAUUCAUUUUUAAAAAUACUUAUGCUAAUUAUGCUCUGGUUCUAGCACCGUUUCCGGCUUCUACAUGUGCUGUUCGAACGUCGGAAUCCGUCGUUUGAGCUCACUCUCGAUUAUGAAGCAAGUACAACACAUGUCUCCCAAAUGUCCAUCAGGCCUACAAUCCAAUGGCCAAAGAUGUACCAUAAACGAGAUUGAAGGCUGUCCAGUCGGCUACUUGUGUAUUGGUAACGGUCUUCGUGGAGUAUGUUGCAAAACAGCUCCGAAAUGUCAGAAGAAGAAGCGACCGUACUAUAUUGCCAAGAAACAGGUACUAACUUGUUCUGACGAUGAAACUGGCUGUCCACGAGGCUCAUCAUGUUCACCAUCGACUGUAGAAGGUGUAGAUAUUUGUUGUGUUCGAGGUCAACCUACUACAACGUACUCGAAAGUGCCCAAAGUUGUACCAAAAUGCAAAGAUGGUGCUCUUCCAUACUUUGCCUUAGGAUCAAGGGUACCACAACAAUGUACGGCUGACAGAGAUGAUGAAUGUCCGGAAGAAUAUGAGUGUGAUAUGGCAUCUGAUGACCAAUAUUAUUGUUGUCCAGCUUGGGAUAGGUGUCCGGCUGAUUCUACUCCGUUCUUGGUUGAAGGGUCUAGGAAGCCAUUGGGCUGUAAUUGGAUGGCUAACAACUGUCCUGAAGGUUAUAGGUAGGGAUUUUAACGACGGAUUUAUAUAAAAUAAUACGUUCCUGUCACGGUGACUCAAUUCAUACGAUUUAAAAACCCAUUUUUGAAUAUAAACUAUUAAUACUUUAGUUGCGAAGGCUCAAAAGACCGCGCAAUUUGUUGUAAAAGUCGCCCAUCCUCAGCUCAGUGUCCAGUAGGUCAAUCACCAUUCUUGUACGCCAAGAGACCCUUGGUUUGUCCACCAAACAAGAAGUCAUGCCCAGCUGGAUACGAUUGUGUAGCUGCUCGUAAUGGUGGUGUAAACAUCUGUUGUUCUGCCUUGGAUCAUCAAAGUCCAGAAUGUGUUACUGGCUACGGGUAUUAUGAUCCUAGUAGGUUUUUAUAUGUAAUUACAGACGAAAACAGUAAAAAAGUAUAAUAUAUCUAUAUAAAUAUACCAAUAUAAGUCAUAACUGGUCAUAUAUUCUUCAGAAACCAACAAGAACAUGUUGUGUGAUCCAGAAAUCAACUCAUGUCCAAGUGGCUACUCCUGUAAACGCAGUACCAUGGCCAACGCCCAUGUUUGUUGUACCAACACUGACAACAGAUACGAUGGCUACUGCCCUCCCUCUCAAGUACCGUACAUGCCUCUGAAUUCGAUUGAACCCCCCACCUGCCACAUGGCCUUAAACCCGUGCCCAACCAGCGCCGCCUACCAAUGUGUAUAUAGUGCAGAGAAACAGAACUCGUACUGUUGUGCACCAGUUGACACCACUAGUCCCAACACCGCCAACAAGUUCACUCCAGGACCCUUCAGGCAUUACAACCGCCAACCCAAUUCGAAUCCUUAUGCGAACCGUGAGUUGGCGAUGGGAAGGCCACCAAUAUUGAUUCUAGUUAACGGAGGUAGACUGACUUAGGUUUGGGGACGGCUAACAUGAGAUAGAUGACUUACUCGGCGAAGGUGUGAUUGUCCCUGUUUUAGGUGAUACAGUAGUGGAUGAGGAUUGUCAAUAUCCUUCAAUAAUGAUUAUUGACUUUUCUUGAAACUACUGUAUCUUUCCCCACCUUACAUAACUAACCCGCCCAUUUCAGAAGCCAUGCCACCCAGAGUUGAGCCUAUGAUGAACAAUAUGCAGCCAAUGAACGCCCUACCCCACCUCCCACAAAACCUCAUCCCAGCCCCAGACAUGAACAACAUCAUGGGUCAUCAACUGGGCCAGCAAGUGGCCCAGAACCUGCCCAACAUCUCGCCUCAAGGUCUGAUGGAGAUCCCCAAUGCGGCUCAUAUUGUAGCCAGUUGUCCACCAUGGUCGAAGCCUUUAUUGAACAUGCAAACGAAGACCGCCCAAGCAUGUUCAACAUGGAACAAGUGCCCAAGUGGAUUCACAUGCUAUUCCAACUAUCCAGACGGAAGAAAUGCUCAAUGUUGUACUACUGUACCAUUGGACAAUCAAACCGUGUUUAAGGCUACACCAGUUCCGCCAGUGAAUCAGAUGCCUGCUUAUUCGCCUCCAGAAGAGACGAACCCGUUAAAUGGUGAAGGCGAUAACGAAGUCAAGAACGUGUCGGUUGUUAUUCCAGCCUUGGCAUUACCUGACAAUAUUACUUUGAUUAGAUGUCCUCCAGGCACGGUGAAUAUCAGCGGAGUUUGUAAGAGAAGUAAGUUUUUUCCAUCAAAGAACAGUAAGAUAUGGAGGGUAAAGUUAAUAUCUUAGACGAUAAAGGACUUAUCUUUGAUUUCAUCUCGUCUAUUUAAGCAUAAAAUUAUAAAAAUUAAGCCUAAAAUCUCCGUUUUCAGUGUUCUUCGUAGGCCAACAAGGCUGUGAAUCCAACGAACAAUGUAACCAACGUACCAACGGGACCCAAUGUUUUAAAGGCUACUGUGCCUGCCUCGACAACAAACUGAUUCACGAAUCCAACUGUGUACAACAUUGUCCAGAAGGCUUCUUGAACAUUGCUGGCAGAUGUCACGACCUCACCACGGUCGUAUUCAUGGAUUCCGUUGACGAAAGAGCUAAUGGCACGAUGGGAGGAUUCUGUUUGGAUACCGUGGUCCGAGAAGAACAGUGCCAAGUCAAGAAUGCCUACUGUAAUGAGAAGAGCAUUACAUGCCAAUGUAAACCUGGAUACGAACUCAAGUUGGACUUUGCCAAUAAGGAGGACAAGGUAAGGUUUGAGACUCUUUGUAGCAUUACAGUUAUAAAAAAAUCCGUAAUUUAACAACAGUAAGUUGUAUAAGGUCCAAUAGUAUUAAUCAUUUUGUCGUAACAAGAAGAACGCCACCUUUCUGACAGUAAAAACAACAACAAGCAUGUUAUCCUUCAUAACAUAUGAGAUGUUUCAGGGAGAAUGCAUUGAAGUCGAAGGCUCAAAGUUCAAGAAAGCAGAUGACCCGAUCAGAGACGAACCAGAGGACAUUCAGCCGAUUCGGUCCUUCUUCGUGAUCGAUUCAGCAGCUUCAGAUGCACCAUCUGAUCUAUCUGACGCCUCAGGGACGGAACCACUCGAUCUUGCUGCCCCAUUCUCCAAUGAAACUUCAAUUCACGUCAAAUUGGAACAGAACGACGCAUCCACAGUUGAGAUUAUCACAAAAGCGUAA